AUGAUUCGUCAAUACUUCACCUCGACUAAGUUCCGUCAACCCUAUGCCAAAGACUGGGUGCUUGUCAUUAUACUUCUAACGUACUUCUUUGCGGUAGCAGAAAAGGCCAAACCUUUCAGUAGAGAGUUUGUGGCCGGUGACAGUCGGAUUUCACAUCCAUUUGCUGAACAAGAACGAGUUACGGAUCAAUGGCUUUAUGUAUUGGCAGUUUAUUUGCCAAUGGUGGUGACCAUUAUUGUGUGUUGGCUGACUAAGACAUGGGAUAAAUAUACCAAACUUCAUAGAACUCAAGUGGCCUUAGUUUCAUUAUUACUUAGUGCAGCCACUACUGGAGUGAUAACUGAUAUACUUAAAUGUUGGAUAGCCAACCCCAGACCAGAUUUCCUUAGUAGAUGUGGAGGCAGUUCUAAAAUGUCAAAGAGGAAAUUGUAUACUAUGGAAGAUUGUACUGCCAAAUUAGGAGAGUUAUAUCUUUACGAUGGGAUGAAAUCAACUCCGUCUGGCCAUUCAUCAUUACUGUUUUGUGGUUUAGGUUGGUUGGUAUUAUUUCUUUGGGGUCACUAUUCGGCGUUAACCACUGGCAAACCAGCUUACAUGAAAUAUGCAUUUGCCUUGGGGCCAAUGAUGUUAGCAUUAUAUGUUGGUCUUAGUAGAGUUCAAGAUUAUCGUCAUCAUAAUUUUGACAUUAUGCUCGGAGGAAUUAUCGGAGGAAUGAACGGAUUAAUUGGCUACUUGCAUUAUUAUCAUGCACCAUGGUCAUCAUCACCAACACAUUUAGUAGUAGAUGAACAUAUAGAAUCUAGUUUACCUAAAUAG